AUGCUUGGUGGUAUGUUCGCUGGAUAUGAUGAAUCUUGCGGUGAAAUAAUAGAAAAAAAUGGUCAAAAAAUGAAAAUUUUCUAUGGUUCGUCAUCAAGUACAUCAAUGAAUAAACACGACGGAGGUGUUGCUGGGUAUAGGGCACCGGAAGGAAAAACAGUGGAGAUUCCUUAUAAAGGACCGAUUAAAAAUACAUUAUUGGAUAUUAUGGGAGGUUUACGUUCAGCAUGCAGUUACGUGGGAGCCGAAAAACUAAAAGAAUUACCUCGGCAAGCCACUUUCAUUCGAUGCAGACAACAGCUGAAUAAUAUUUUUGGACCUCCAAUGUGA